ACGAAUACGUUGAAUCUUGUACAGGUGCAGCAGGCGAUGAGAUGAUGACGAUGAGCAUGAUGAUGAUUCCACUCUCGUUAUGUCUCCCCCUGCUGGCUAUGAUUCUGCACGCCCCUCAAGCCACGACAGCCCAAUUGAGUGACCCUUGUUACAACUACACCGUGCUGAACGACACCUGGAGGGCCACCACCAACCUGGACAUAUCAGAGCCCAGGUGCGACAGAGUCAGUGUUCUUGGCAGAGAGUGGCAGGGCUGGUACCUGUUUGUCCACCAGGAAGUGAGCGUUCGGAUUCCCAACACGUGUGUGCCCAGGCUGCGCUGUAGCACCGCUAUACCCCUCUGGCUGAACGGCUCGCACCCUCGCCCAGAGGAUGGCAUCGUCACCAGGCAGGUGUGUGGCCACUGGACUACUGGCUGCUGCCAUUACAAUGCACCAUCCAUCCAGGUUAAAGCGUGUCCUGGAAACUACACUGUUUACAAACUGGUGGAUCCUCUGCUCUGUUUUUCGGCGUACUGUACAGAUUUCAGCGAUAAAGGAGCCCUUCCACCAAAUUAA